AUGGUUUGGGUCGUUGUCAAUAGUGAAACAAAACCUAAUUGCAUCGAGCAAGUAAAUACUUUAUUUAAACAAUUAACACAAGCAUUAAUAGACACUGGUAAUACAAAUGAAACACAUUUACCAGAAUUAAUCUUACGUGAUCUCAAUCAGAUAUGUUCUCGUUUGGACGAUCGAAAAUAUUGCAGUGCUUAUGAUGCUUUAGAUACCUUCAAGAUUAUGUUAAAAAACUAUAUUAGAUUACUUGAUACUGAUUCGUUUGUCAACGUAAUUGCUCAUCACUAUGCAUUAGCAAACAAUAGUUUACUUCGUUCACUUCUCGCCAUUACACGUCAGUAUGAUAUAUCUAUAUUGGUUCAAGAAAUGACACGUAAAACUCAGCAACAAAUAUUUUUUUCUUUAUUUGAUUUACUUAAUACAUCGGCAAGGAUUGUUUCUUUUCUUCAAAGCAAAUCGUCAAAAACAACAAAUAAUAGUGACGUUAAUCAAACUGUAGCUAACGCUUGUGGAUCAGUAUUAUACGCUAUUUUAGAAAUCUUAAUUAAAUUAAGGGCACAGAUGACAGGAAAUAAUUUAGAAAAAUAUCAAAACACUCUUUUUGCUUCAUUUAUCAUUUUUCUUGAUGAAUAUUUCAUGAUUAAAAAAUGUUCAAGACUUAAAGAGCUACAGAACGAUCGAUUAAUCACAACAAUGUUAUCAUUUAUUUGUAACACAGCUGAUCAAACAUCAACAAUUCCAAUACUCAUUUAUGCUAAUUGUCCACAAGCAUGUUUACGAUGGAUAUCACUUUCAUAUUUAAAUAUUGACGAAUAUUGUUCUCUGAUUUGUAUUCUACACAAUAUCGCACGUCAUGAUG